AUGAAAAAAUUAAAUAAGUUUAUUACUUUAUUAUUAAUUUCAUUGCAUAUUUUAUAUGUAACUUAUGUUUCCGCUGAUUUACCAAUACAUGUAGAAAUUAAGGAUUUGCUUGGUAAAUGGAAGUUAUAUAGGACUAAAACAUCACCUGAAUUACUUACUUGUGGUUCGACACAACCUAAUAACAAUCUAAAUAAUCUCAAAAUAAAAGAUUACAAACAAUUUUUAAUUGACAAUCAUUAUCCAUUUGAUUCAGAAUUAAAUGUAGUUUUAUCAAGUGAUUUUGUUAAAUAUGGCGAUUUUCAUGAUGUAACUGGUAAUGAACACAGAAAAAAUUGGAACGUCUUAGCAGUAUAUGAUGAAAAAAAAAGAAAAAAGAUUGGUACAUGGACCACUAUAUAUGACCAAGGUUUUGAAAUCAGAAUAGGUAAUGAAACAUACACCGGAUAUAUGCAUUAUGACCCAACUGGAAGAUGUGCCGAACCUGCCAAUGAUGAUGUCACAAAUUCUAAUGGAGAAACAAUAUGUUAUACUACGAAUUUUAAUAAAACAAGAUUAGGAUGGAUGGACAUAGAUAAUAAAAAUAAUGAGAAAUUACAUGGCUGUUUUUAUGCUGAAAAAUACGAUACUACUCAUGAGCCUAAUAAUUCUAGAAGCAUAUUAGAUAGCUCUACUAGUGGUACAACAGAGCCAGUAAUCAAUGAAAAUAAAACACCCGCAUCAAAUCAAAUGGCUGAUUUUGAUACAUAUGAACCCAAAACAUAUAUUAAAGCUGAUAAACUUAACAUUAAUGAAAAUUCUGAAAUGUAUUGGCAUAAAAUGAAGUAUUCUGGACAUAAAGUGCCAUUACCAGAAUACAUGCUUAAGGUCCAAAAACAAAAAUUUGCAUGCCCAUGUAAUCCAAAUGAAGAUAUAGAUAAUGAAAGAAGUGACGCAGAUCCAGAUACCCCAGUUUCUCCAAAUAUGAUAGAAUUGGGUAAUUCUAAUGUCGAAACAAAUGAACUAGAUUUAAAUGCAUAUGAAGAAAUAAAAAAAGCAAAACAUACCGAAUUAGAAUUAAAUGAAAUGCCCAAAAAUUUUACAUGGGGUGAUCCAUUUAAUAAUAAUGUAAGAGAAUAUGAAGUAGUAGAUCAAUUAUCAUGUGGUUCAUGCUAUAUUGCAUCUCAAAUGUAUGUAUUUAAAAGAAGGAUUGAAAUUGGUUUAACAAAACUUCUUGAAACUAAAUACAAUAACGAUUUUGAUGAUGCUUUAUCAUUACAAACAGUUUUAUCAUGUUCAAUUUAUGACCAAGGUUGCCAUGGUGGUUAUCCAUUCUUAGUUUCAAAAAUGGCUAAAUUACAUGGUAUACCUCUUAAUGCUGAUUUUCCAUAUACUGCUAAAGAAAGUACCUGUCCAUACCCUAUGAAUAAAGGCAUACCUUUAUCAAUGAUGGAAGCUGAUUUAAUAAAUAGAUCAGAAAGUGUUUCUAAAGAGAUUAAACCCUCAUUUAGAGAAACUGGUGCUUCAGCAUCAAUAGAAAAUAGUGAUGUAUCUGAUUUAGGUGAUCCAAAUAGAUGGUAUGCUAAAGAAUAUAACUAUGUUGGUGGAUGUUAUGGAUGUAACCAAUGUGACGGAGAAAAAAUAAUAAUGAAUGAAAUAUAUAGAAAUGGUCCAGUUGUAGGAUCUAUUGAAGUAACUCCCAACUUUUAUGAAUAUGUUGAUGGUGUUUACUAUGACCCACGUUUUCCACAUGCCAAAAAAUGUACUAUAGAUGUUCAUAAAGAUAGCAACUAUGUUUAUAAUAUAACUGGAUGGGAAAAAGUAAACCAUGCUAUUGUUAUUUUAGGAUGGGGAGAAGAAACUAUAAAUGGAAAACUUUACAAAUACUGGAUUUGCAGAAACAGCUGGGGAAAUACCUGGGGUAAAGAAGGAUACUUUAAAUUGAUCAGAGGAAUCAAUUAUAUUUCUAUUGAAAACCAUGCUAUUUAUAUUGACCCAGAUUUCACCCGUGGUGCUGGUAAAGUACUUUUAGAUAAAAUGAGAAAAAAAUAA